CGUCAGGGCGCGUACAGCUGCUCUGUGAUGCUUUGUGCUCAGCGACGCAGAGAUGUUUGGGCCGACGCAUCAGCAUAGGUAACGUGAAAUGUUCAUUCUCCUGCUGUCAUGAAAGAAUAUGAUUGUCUGAGCAACCCGGGGCCGAUGAGAGAGAACUGAUAUGCAGCAUAUUAGUUUCAUGAACGAAAUGGAAAUGCUAACAUUUUCGGCUCGUUUCAUCCCGAAACAGUGGAUUUGGGCUAGCUCAGCGGGCUGCUAUUAUCUUUGUAUCUGCCGUUGGGAUAAAGGAAUUGUUACAGGAGAUUAAAAACAUGUUUAGCGACAGGUCUGUGUUUAUAAAAAUGGAAAUGAUGGUUAUAUUGAAGGAUAAAUUUGCCUUUCACGUCUACCCUCGACUGCGGUCCUCUCUUUGUGAUUGAAAUACUUUGAAUUCAUUCAUUCUGUUCUCUCUGCCAAAUUAAUGAAAAAGAUACACCAAACUGGUAUUUGAACACCGAAAAGGAAAAAUGUAAUUAUUAUUAUUAUUUUCAAUAUUAUUAAUAUUAUUUAGGCUGCUGAAUUCAAUUGAUUCUCAAAAUUUAUUGUAUGUGUUCAAGCUGUGCCAUAGACCCAUGUUAACAGUUCAUUUGAGGAGCCAAGAGACCGAGAGCCAUGCAGAGUCAGACCCUGGAAAACAGUGGACCAAACCCUGUGACCACAGCAACAGCAGAGCUUCAACUAGACACCCAGAGUGAAGCCCAGCCAGAACAAAGUGAACCAAAUGCAGGAGAGGCAGAGGAAAGAUCUGCUGGUUCUGCUCAGACUGAAAAACCAGUGAGGCUGCAUGAAAAUGGAACAGAAACACAAACUGCGCUUACACAUACAGGUGUGGUAAUCACACAAGCUGAGCUAAAUGAACCUGCUGCUCAGCCAAUCACUGAGCCUUCAGAUGGAACCAACGGGAUGGAGACUUCACAACCAGGUGCCGCCACUGAACCUGUAGCUGAUAACACUACAAGUCCUGAGCGUGAUGGGCAAAAGUCAAAGAAAAAAGAUCAACGUGCAAAUGAUGGAAGGAAGUAUGUUCCCUCGAAAAAGGCAAUGAUUGAUCCAUUAAAAAUGGACAUGACCAAGCUCCCCGACACUCCUCUUACAUGUGAGUAUUUUACCCAUGUAUUUUUUUUAGUGCAUGUCAUUAUGUGUUAUACGUACAGUCUAAUCCAGCAAAACUAGUCUACCAAAUAUUUUUAUUGCUAACUAUCAAAAAAUGUUGUGAACUCUACAGUUAUUUUGCAGUCCUCAGUAAAAAGUACUUCUAUGAUUAGUUUUCCUGUAAAGAUAAACUAUUGAGUUUCUUUAAACUUGUACAGCUGGCUUCUUGUGUUCAUUAGCAGCCAAACAAAAAGGAGAUCAGAGUUGAACCACUGUUUUGGGCGGGCCAAUCACAUCUUUUAUACAAUUUGUCUUAAGAAAAGUUUGUGUGGUCUGUUUUUUGGUCUCUAAAGUGUUUCUUCUUAUUACAUAUCGUUUUUACACUGUUAAAUGCAGCAUAAUGCUGUUAUGAGUAAGCUGUAUGUAAAGUCUCCUUUUUGUUUCUGUAGGGACAAACAUUGUUUCUAGCUGUCCUCCUGAGAUUCCAGAGUCAAGUUUUUCUUAUGCAAACCUUUUAAUUUUGGAGCGUUUGCCUCUGUACUGACAUGUAACCAUCUCCCCUUUCUUGUAGCAUUGCAGCUUUCCACACAGUGCCUCGAGUGCCACAUUAUCUUCAGCGACGCUAAGAGUAAAGAGCGUCAUGUAAAGAUGAGCCACCCUGCAGAAUACGAACAAUGCAUACUAAGGAAUUCUCUUUUUGCCUGUUAUGUUUGUGAGCGCCACUUCUCAAACUCCACGGAGCUUAUGGCCCACCAGAAGGCCCACACAGAGAAGAAACCCUUCAAGUGUCUGAUCUGCAGCCUUGCCUUCAGAAAAUCAUCAGAGCUCACCAAACAUAAGAAAAUUCAUUUUGGACAGGAUGGUUAUCCAUGCACUGAUUGUGGAAAACCUUGCAAAACAAUGACAUUGUUGAAGUAUCACUGCCGCACACACACUGGAGAAAAACCGUAUAUUUGCAAGGAGUGUGGAAGGAGAUUUUCCAUGUCCAAAUCUCUACAGAAACAUGAACAGUCACAUUUGACAGAAGGGGCUGAGGGAGGUGAAGGGAACGUAUCAGAUAAAGUACAACGAAAGAAAGAUGGUGGUAAGAAAAUGUCUGCAUUACAUUUAUGUUUAAUGUAACAUGUUAAAAAAUAUGAUCUUGUUUUUGCCUUGCUGCCAACUAAAGACAUAAAAAGUGGACCCAAAAUAUUGAUUUAAAGAUAAUUUAUUUUAUUUGGGAAUUAAAUAAAAAGUGUGUCCAAGUCCCCUAGAACUUCCCUGACAACAAAUUCUUCGGCUUCCUCAAGAAACACAUCAACAUUUGAGCUGUGAUUUAAAUUAAUGGCCAAGUGAAAACAUUAGCUUGCUUAUUUGUUGUAAUUUACAUUUAGCAGAACAUUUACAUUGAGGGUAAUGUUAAAUAAGGUGAAUGGGAAUUGUGCAAAAGUAAUUAAACUGACCUUUCAGCCCUCCUUCAUGGAGCUUUGCCAUUGAAACACCUUUAAACAUGAAAGAGGAAAAUGUCACAACCUGUAAUAUUGUUGCUAUUAUCACUCCUGCUUGAGUUUCAGCUAACUCGUAGGGGUUGGUAACUAGAGAUGCACUCACCAGCUCUGCAGCAGUUGUCUUUGCACAAAACAAUGUUACGCAGGAAAUGGUUCAGGCACCACCAUACUUUCAAGGUGCGUGGAGAAGAAAGAGAAGUCUAAAAGGGUUAAACUCCAGUUACACAUCCAGUCAGAUUCAGACAACUUUAUUUUUGUAUUAAUGUGCUUCAGCCUGUGGCUUUCCUCAGGGUCACGAAUGACCAAUGAUCAAAAAUUUUAUUUUUCAAUAUUAUGCCUGAUGUGAUGAGGACCACAUCGGGUGCUUGCUCCACCAACUGAGCACUCCUGAAAAUACUCCUAAUCUAAAGAGCAAACUGAAACUAACAUUUUUGCCAGUGUCAACAAGCAGAGAUGAAAUGUGUCUCUGCUGUACUCUUUUCUUUGAUUGAUUGGUAUGUGAAAGCAAGUUGGCACAGCUUUGACCAUUUCAAAAUUAAUCACUGUGAUUACAAGGUUUUGACCAAUCAGAUUUAAGUAGUUAAUACAGCUAUAUAUCUGCUAUCAGAACCGGCACACGUUACCUCUUUCAAAUGGCGUAUGAGUCUUAAUCUGUGUGCAGUGUUUACUCUACUAAAAUUUCUUAACAACACAUCAAGUACAGUGUUAUGAAAGUUUGCAGAGACAUUGAAAAUUCAUGCCUUGCAGUAUUAAGAAAACAUCACAAUGCAAUAACUUUUUUUUCUUUUGCUAUUUUAGGGGAGUCUAAAAGCUAUCCUUGUUCCGUGUGCAACAUGACUUUCAAGAGUAACAAGACACGGCAGCAUCACAUGAAAACCAAACAUACUUUGCCUGCUGCUGCGGGUAAGGCUUUUCCUGCUGGACACCAAGUCGUACAGAGAACACCCAUCAUUACUCCAAUAGCUAUAUCCCAACCCACACUGUUACAGCUGGAAGCCAAUGGACCCCUACAAAAAGUUGAUGCCAAUAUUGACACUGAACAGAUACGCAGACUUAUUGAAUCUUUGGGAAAUGUGCAGAAAGUGAACCAAGUUGUCAUACUGGGGCAGGUGCCACCUCAUGCUCCACCACUUGAAGUGCAGCAAAUGCCACAACUAACAGAGUGUGUGAAUUUGAACCUCAAUCCACCACAAAUAGAUUUUAUGGGUCUGAAACAGCCUGAGUGCAAGUCCGUUGAACUGGAUCCCUUAAACAACCCCUGUGACCCUAUGGAACAAACAAUUAUACUGGAGCCUAUUACACCUGAUGGACAGCUUGACAUGGUCCCUUUUUCAGAAUUAGGUUCCAACAUAACAGUAAUUGAAAACACAGAGCAAACUGAGAGACCUGAGGGAGAGGUAAUGCCUCAGAUUCUUCAACAGCAAGAUAUUGGUGUAAUUCAGUCUGUUCCUCUGGACCACAUAGUUUGUCAAAAUGAACAAAAUCUGGAGCAAACAGUCAUAUUAGAGCUUACCCCGGCCUUGACACCAACUGUGGAGCUGGAACAUUCCCAAACUCUGCCUCAAAAUGAACUCUUUUCCUCAACGUUUGUAACGACUACUGAAUCAGAGGAGAUUCCUGAUCAGGCUCAAGAUCAGAUGGUGAUCGAUGAAACUGAUACAAGCCUGUUAAUUCCACCUCUUGCUGUUGAAUUGGAGGUAGGACCUCCACAAAAAGAGCAACACUGCAACCUGUCUUGCCACUUUGUUCCAGCAGAUCCACUUCAACAAACUUUGAGUGAAUCUGUUACAAAUCCCCCAGAAGAAAUUGAUCUACAGAGGCAACCAGUGAGUCAAGACCUGAUCCACUCUGCCCUUGAUAAAGCUGUACCCCUGAAGACAAAUGAAAACCCUGGUCAGGAACCAUCUGAAGAAGAAUCAUUUGAUCCAGAGCGAUUGCAGCAGGAACCAUCUAUGCAAAAUCAAUCUGAACAAGAACCAACCGAGAAUAUAAUGGUAGAAAGCAAGGAGGAUCAGGAGAGGUUGGAGAACCUGUCAGAAAAAGAGGAACCAUCUGCAAAAGAAGGACCAUCGCACACAAAGGCCAAAAAGUUAUCACAGAUUUCAGACUUACCCAUAAAUGUGAUGUCAGCUCAAGAGCUAGUGAAAGUACGGAAAAGAAAACCAGCAAGAGCAUUUUUCUUUCAAGGAUACCGGCAAGACUUGGUUGGAUCUUUAUACAGUGAUGAUUUUUCUAUAUACGCUGCCCCUGCCAAACGCCAGAGAACAAAAAAGUCUCAUCUUGUUGUUAAAUUUGGCCCACAAAACAAAGAGAAAAUGAACAAGAAACAGAAAAGGCCAUCACAGCAGCAUAGGACAAGUCAGGAAGAAGGGUUAAGAGAUAAAACACCAGCAAUACAUCUGUCAAAGAAAAAAGCAGCAACGAAGAGGAAGGGGGAAAAGGGAAAAAGGGACAAGAAAAGCAGGCAUAUGGUAUCUUCAGCUGAGUUAAAGACGCCUGCGUCAAACCAUGAUCCACAAUUGGAGCAAAACAAAGAGGAUACAAGGAAGAGUAAAAAGAAAAGGCAAAAAGGAGUAGCCAGAGAGGAUGGGACUAACAUAGGUAAACAAAAAAUCAAGCCUAUCUCUAAGAAAAAACAAGUUAAGAUUAUGCAAAGUGAAAAGCCAAAGACUGCAAAAGUUGGGAAAGGAAAGGGCAUUUCAGUAAGAAAGGAAAAAGACAAGUCAAAAAAAAGUGCAGCUUCAUCAGACAUAGCCAAUCCACACAUAACAAAAGACUCUCUACUUCUACUAAAAGGACAUAAACAACCUCAGCUGAAAGUUUACAAGUUAGACCCUUUAAAAGCACCAGGCAGCACAUCAGAAGAUACACCUAAUGAGUCCCAAAAGAUAUCUGGAAAGGGUAAAGCUGACAAAGUGAAACAUCAAACAAGUGAAUCUGUAAAUACUCCCAUACCAGAAGGAAAGACAAAGGGAGGAAGACCCAAAAAGAACCAGAAAGCUCUUUCGUUAUUGUCCUCAAAAAGGGUUGCCAUUCAACCAUUAGACACAGUGCCAACCAAGCCAAAGACCACCAGGAAACGUAAAGCCUCUCCAAAAGUGGAGACUGAAGGAGUGAUAACUUCUGUUCAUCCCAAACGUGCCUUAGAGUGCCAAGACUGUGGGGAAAGAUUUAGUGAGGUCUCAUCUCUUCAGAAGCACAAGACCAUGGUUCAUGUCAUAGAGAGUCCUGGUCUUACUUACACCAAUGGGAACAUCUUUGAAGGUGUCUCCAGGAUGGAUCUUCACCCGCUUCCGCAACAGCACCACAAUCCUGUUGGGUUGAUGAAUGCCGCUACAGGCUGGGAUACUGAGCCUGAAAUGGGAGAGACUGCACUUGAAGACAGAGAGCGAAAUGUCUCUUUUCCUGCUUUGAUUCCAUCCCCGUCUUUACCUGUUCCACCCUCAGAUGUUGAAACAAGCACUUAUGAAAAUAAAGCUGGCUGCACAACAGGAUCAAACAAUCAACCUCCAUCCGGUCAAAUUGAAAUCAGUGAUAACCAUCCAAAUAUCUCACCUGAACCGACGUUGAGUGCUUCUGCUCAGACACAAAGUGCAGAGACAGGUGAGCCUUUGACAUCAGAUAUGGACAAGCAAGAUGAUCAGACCCUGAACCAAAUAGAAUCAGAAGUCUGUGAUACUUCAAAUGAGGACAUAAAGGAGGACUUACUUUUUGAUGUAGAUUUAGUCACCGUUGGGGAGCAGAGUGAAAGAGAUAAUUCAGCUUCUCUUGAGGACAAACUCCACCAAAAUGAAUCAACUGGAUCUUGCAAUACUGAGGUUACAAGCACUGACAAACUUCCUGAGCAAGCUAUCGAUGAAACGUCUGAAAACCCCCUGACUUUGCAUACCGUUUCAUGCUCCACUCAUCAAGAAGAGAUUAAGGAAGAGGAGGAAGAAGUGACAGUCCAGAAGAAAAAAGGAGAGAAAGGGACUGUUAUGAGGAGUACCACAAAAAGUGAGGGAAGGGGAAGAGGAGCAGGAUGUCUAAAAAGGAUUGUGGUCUCCAAGAAGUUUUCUGCUAAAGAUACUGUCAGAGGAUCAGGGUCCAAAGAAGAACAGGAUGAAUGUUUGAUAGUUUAUGAAAACCAUCCGAUAACCUCUGAUUCAGAAAAACCUGAUGAAGGCCAGACCAGUCCUGAACUUAAGGCUGGCCAUGUUACCAAUUCUGCAAAGUCUUUGACUUCCUUGUCCUGCACAUCAGAGGCAUCUCCUGAUAAGCGAGACAUGCUAGAGCCGGAGUCAGUUACCUCAGGUGUAGAAGAGGCGAUGAAUGAAACCAGCAGAGACAGGUCUCCAGUUGUCAUACUUGAGAGAGUCCUCACCUCGACACCAAAAGCAAACGCUGAUAAGGAGCUAAACCAGAAGAGCGUGAUGAAUAAUAGAAGACAGGUGAGCAACAAAAACUUCAUAAAAAUCAAUAAAGGGUUGAACUUUAGCAGUUAAUAUGGAUUUGUCUUCUCUUCAGGGUUUUAACAGCAAUGCUGGAAAUGAAGUACAGUUCCUUGAGAGCCAGGAGAUCAAAGUUGAGGAAGUUAUUUCAGAUCUGCCUCUGGCUGGACCAACCUGCCAGAACAGACGGCCUGCAAGUAUUCAACCACAGCACGACUAUGAUGUGAGGACAGUCCUGGUGAAAGAGGAGUGCAGCCUUGUGCUGAAUGAGGCUCAGGCCACAGAGAGCAGCAGUAUUCGCUGGAAUGUGGAGCCAGCUGAUGUUGUAAACACCUCCAGUUCAAGUAAGGAGAAGAACAACUCAGAACUUAAAAGAAAUAGUAUUAUUUGAUUUUUCUUACAUAAUUCCCUAACAGCCUGUGACAAGAGUGAGUAAUAAUAAUUUUGAUAUGCAUUACUGUUUGUUGCUUUAAGCUAAUCACCGACUUACCUGUUUAGGCAGAUGACCUUGGAAAGCUUUAUCUUUUUUAAUGUUCUGUGGCAUUUUACUUUCAGUUAUUAACAGCGAGGGAACAGCAAGAGACAGUCACAACACCCCAGAGUUCAACAGCAACCAGUGCAUUUUCUACCCAGUGAAGGAGGAGGAGAAGGAGGUUCUUGUGGGUGUUGCUCAGAGCAACAGUGAGAGUUUAACCACAGGAUCAUUCAACAGCGUCCAGCAGACAGAGCAUCAAGGAACAGAUAGUACUUUGAGUGAGUCCUUCUGUUUUCCAGCUAUGUUUUCCUUUUACCAAGGGUUAGAUGGAGAGCUGUGUUCUAAUGUUGAAAAUGCUACCAACAGAUGGAGGGCACCACUCCGUGGCUGACUACCAGGAGAAGACGGUGAGACGUUUAUUGUCCGACACAGGGGACACAGGGGACUUUGCAGACAGACAAGGUUUGUUUCUUCUUUAACGGCUGGUACAUGUACUUUAUCAACAACCUCCAACUAGUAAAAAAGUUCAUCAAAAUUAUAACUAACUCAUUCAUACACUUUCAGUAGAGACUGUCACUGAAUGGCAGCAUCCUCCGGACAUCCGUGACUUUCUCCUCCAUAGUUCUGAUGAAGAAGACGUGGGUGCUUUUGAAAUGUCUGAUCCUCAGCUUGACUCUGAAGCAGAAGUAAUGGCCUAUUUCCACAAGUAUACCUCAAACAGCUCACAAGGAUCAGAUGAAACAUCACAAAGGUAUAGUACAUCAGAUUUGUUUAAGUGGACAAACAUUCACAAAUCAAAAAAAAAAAAAAAACUUACCAUUUGCUUCUUAAAGUAAGUAAAUAUUGUCAUAGUGUGUGGAAUCUUGUAUUAUUUUGACUUAGUGACCCAUCCUGUAUGAUUCAAGAGGAACUCAGGCUGUUGUACAUUGAAAUGUUUAAAACAAACUCAUGUUUGCAUAUUUUCAAUGAAGUGGUAAGUGCUUUGUUCCUGCAUGUGAUGCUCUUGAUUGUUCAAUUUAUACUUUUCUCAUAGUUUGUCAGCUUCAGAGAACCAUUCUCAGGCACAGAGAGAGGAACAACAGACCAGAGAGCCCAUGGACUAUUUCUCCAAGUAUUUCGGUUGGGAUACCUGGGCAGAAAUUGCAAGUUGCACGAAUAAACUGUCCAAUAUAUCCAGUCCUGUCACAGCCAGAGAGGUUGCUCAGUUUGUUGGGAUCCACAUUGCAAUGGGAACUUUAAAGGUUUGUGUUGUGUUGUGACCUUUUUCUUGAGUGCUUUCCUGGUUCUCCUUUUCAAAUGCAAGACCUUGACACUUGAUUUGAUGUCUCACUAUUUUUCAGUUCCCCAGUCCGAGGCUCUACUGGGAGGACCUGACUAAGGUGCCGUUGAUUGCUGAAGCAAUGCCACUCUCCCGAUUCCUUGAGUUGUCUCGCAUGUUGAAGCUGGCUCAUCCUGCGAAGAAUCCAGUGGACAGUAAUGUUCAAAAAGAAAGACAUGAUGGUCAUUUAUGCCUGAGUAAAAACAUAUCAAGUAGGCAAAGUGGAAUUUCACCGCCCAGUGAUGAGCAGAGCGGAGAGCACACGUCAGAUGACUUAAACAACCCAGAAACAGAAACUGAUCCUCUGUGGAAGGCACAGCCAUUAUUGCAUCGAUUUAAAGCAGGGUGCCAGUUACUGAGACGUGAUGUCAAUUACGCGGUCGAUCAAUAUCCACUCCCUCUGACUGGGAAGAUACACAAUAAAAAACUGUCUCUUCACUGCACUACAUUAAUUGGAUUUGGUGGUUUACUCUUGCAUCUAGAUCUUAAAUUGGGUCUGAGUGGCAAAGAGGAUGCUGUAGAAAAAAUGGUUCCCACAGGUAGUAUGGUGUUUCUCUGCAAACAGGAACUCUCCACCCCUGCCAUGCUGGAGCGUCUGUUGAAUGCUGGGGUUCAUGGGGCAGGUAGGGUGGGAGGGGCUCGAGGACAGAUUGGAGACGAGUUUGUGAGCUCAGAUGGGAAGUUGAUGUUGCGUAGAUCACACUGUGGCUUCAUACUAUCUACUGCAGGAAGUGGCCAGAGGAACAUGGCUUCUCUUAUUAACAACUUUGAAAAGGCGCAGAUGUCAGCUCUUCUCAACAGAGACCUGUUUAAUCUUUACUCUAUUCCUCUGACUGCCUCUGCCCCAACCUGUUGGCCUCAAGCCGUGCUCUGGUACCUGACAGAUCUGGCUUUGGUUAACUCUUGGCUUCUUUACAGACAGGAUCACAAGGCAGCAUCCACACUUUUGUCUUUCAUGGCCUUCAGAUUGGAAGUAUCCAAGGCUUUCAUCAAAUCAAGUAGCUCUGAUACCCAGGACUCAGUCCCAACUCAACCCCCCUUGGAGAAGGCGCAUGCAACACAUGAAACUCCUGAACCCAGUCUAAUGGAAGAAAGUCCUCUUCCGGAUGCAGCCACACGAUAUGACGGCUCAGGUCACUGGCCAGAGCAACUUGCUGAGGGAGAAGGGGGAAGAUGCCGUUUUGGGGAUUGCCAAAGAACAUCUCGAGUGCUUUGCCUUAAGUGUUGUGUCUUUCUUUGUAUCUCACGCAACCACAACUGUUUUCUAAACUUCCACAGUCAAGGGGGUUUAGGAAAAAAGUAGUGUCCACUGUCUCUUUUGAUGUAUGAAAAUAGUGUAUCAAAAAUGGUAUUGUCUUUAAAAAUUUUCCACAACGCUUUCCGCUAUCCUUAUUGUUGUUUUAGGAUACCAUUUUCAAUGCUAUUUGAAAACGUGCUUUGUGGUGUGUCUUAUUUUGUCACAGGGCAGGUGUAAAUAAAUGUAAAAAAAAAGUACUUCUAACCAUGAACUUUGUAAUUUAUGAAUUGACAUGUUUGUUUUUUUUUUACUCUUUAACGAGACCUCGUUAACAAUUCAUAUUGAACUUUUAGUUUGGCUUUAUAAAUUAAUGAUGAUUCAUGGAAUUUUGAAACAAUAAAAGACAUUUUAAAUGUUUAA